UGCCUUCUUGAGUUUGACACUUGCAGUACAGGCUAGCAAAACAUUAUGGCUGAAAACCACCAGGCUGUGAAAAUGCCAACCUCUUCCAACAAGGAACUUUUACAAGCGCACGCUGAGCUUUGGAAUCUCACCUUUAGCUACCUCAAAUCCAUGGCCCUAGAGUGUGCCAUCAAGCUAGGGAUUCCCACUGCCAUCCACCGUUGUGGAGGCACCGCCUCAUUGACAGACCUACUCGCCGCCCUUUCUAUACCUGAGAGCAAGAAGUCUUACCUGCCUCGUCUCAUGAGGUUUCUCGCCGCGUCAGGUAUCUUUACUAUUGAUUUUCUGGCAACAGGGGAGUGCGCUAACGCAGGCGCAACUGUUACCUACCGUCUCACACCGUUAUCUCACCUCCUCGUGGAUGGAGAUGACACCUAUGCCCACCAGUGCACGAGCCUCUCUCCCUUCGUGCUUGCGCAGACCAACAAGUACCAUGUCACGGCGGCCAUGCACUUCUCCGAUUGGUUCACGAGCGAUGAAGGCUCAGCCUCGGCCGAGAUGCCAUACAAGAUGGCACAUGGCACAGACCAUUGGGAAAUCAUGGCCCGUGAUCCAAAGCUAAAUCAGGUCUUCAACGCCGGCAUGGCGGCCGAUACCCAAUUUGCGAUGAACUUCAUCAUCAACAAUUGUGGCGAGGUGUUCGAGGGGAUUACCUCGAUUGUUGACGUCGCCGGUGGGACGGGCACGGCGGCGAGGGAAAUUGCCAAGGCCUUCCCACACAUCAAGUGCUCGGUUCUAGACCUUCCUAAUGUGAUUAAUUCCAUCUCGUCCGACGGAUUAGUCAACUACAUUGUAGGUGACAUGAUGAGUUCCAUCCCAACUGCUGAUGCAGUGUUCCUCAAGUACGUGUUGCAUGACUGGAACGAUGAGGAUUGUGUGAAAAUCCUAACACAGUGCAAGAAGGCGAUCACCAAACCAGGGGGAAAAGUGAUAAUUGUGGAUAUGGUCGUCGGGUCUCCUUCCACAUCCAUGUUCGAAGGCCAAGUCUUGUUUGAUAUGCUGAUGAUGGUGAUGACACCGGGCAAGGAGCGUGAAGAGCAUGAGUGGGGCAAGAUAUUCAUGGAUGCAGGGUUCAACCACUACAAGACAAGGCCUAUUAUGGGGUGUAUGGCCAUCACUGAGCUGUAUCCUUAACUGGCCACAUAAUGGUUGAUGUGGCACCCCAAACACCGGUGAAGCUAGUACAAAUGCUCAGUGGGUCCAUCUUCUUCAUAAAACUAUUGGAGCAAACAAAAUAAUGAUGGUGCUAAGUAGUGAUUUAGUACUAGUAGAACAAAAUCAAUGGGGUCAGCAUGAUGUAUCUGCUCUUGGCCCUAGAGUAUUAUUUUUAUUGGGCAUAUUUGUCUCUUUUCAUGGCUAAUUUUAUCCAUAGUAUAAAUUU